AGCGACUUACAGCAGCACCGACGGGCGCAAUGAAAGUUCUAAUCUAUUCCUUCCUUCUGCUGCUGCCACUGAUGCUGAUGUCCAUGGUCUCUAGCAACCCGAAUCCAGGGGUCGCCAGAGGCCACAGGGACAAACGCCAGGCUUCUCGGAGGUGGCUCCAGGAAGGCGGCCAAGAAUGUGAAUGCAAAGACUGGUUCCUGAGAGCUCCUAAAAGAAAGGUCAGGGCAGCACCCAGGCUGCCUAAAAAGCAGUGUCCCUGUGAUCAUCUCAAGAGCAAUGUGAAGAAAACCAGGCACCAAAGGCACAGGAAGCCAAAAAAGCCCUCCAGAGCCUGCCAGCAAUUUAUCAAACGUUGUCAGCUAGCAAGCUUUUCUCUGCCUCUGUAGGAACUCUGAGAGCCCACUCCGCCAAUGAAACAUUCUCAGCCAAGAAGGCAGUAAGCACACCUAGAGGAUGUUCUUCUCCCACCUCAAGCUCCCCUUCCCUGUCUCCACCCCCUAAAUCAUUCCAGUGUUCUCGAAAAGCAUUUUUCCCAUGACUAUUUUGA